GCAGGGGAAUGUUUUGGGAAAAGUCCUCGCGGCGGCGUGAACCGUUGAUGACCCCUAGCGACAAAACCUCACCAUAAAUCAGUGACACCUAUGUUUCCUUGGUCUGCUGUUUUAUCCCUUGAGCCCAAAGUGCCCGGCCAACGCUCCACUGAGGAGUUGGUGACCAAUACUCUGAUGUUGGAGUUGGGGGCCAUGGUGAAACGCACUGAGCGCAUCCAUCUGGAGCGGGCGACAGAGGGGCGACGACGCCGUCGCAGCUCCUCUUCCACAGUUGACUACAGCUGGCUGGCCAACACCCCGCACCCACACCACUAUGAGCUGACACCCAGUGAUCUGCUGGAGCUGCAGGACCUCUGUGCCAAGAUCCCUCCUGCACAGUGUGGCCCUUUGAUCGUCAGGUUCAGGAAGCUGGUGUCGCAGAUGGAGCCUGAGGUUCAUGAGGUUCCCCGGCUGUUUCGCUCAGUGCUGCGCGACUGCAUGGACGAGAUGAACGGACACGAAGACCUGCAUACGCACGACCCCAUCUUUGAGAAGCAGCAGCGCAGCAAGAGUCUCUCUUUUGUUACUUUCCGCACCAAGUUCUGCACGGGUCACCUCUUCAAGGGCAGCGGCAUGAGAGGCUCGAGGGGGAAUCUGCAGCAGCAGGUGGAUUGGUCGGACGAGGAGGAUAUAGAAGGGGAGGAGGAGGCCAUCAAGGCCAGGGCGAGGAAGGGAAGGAGCAGGAGCAUGCCGGAGAUCGGCCCUAUGGAGCAGAGCGCUCAUGGGUGAGCGGAGGGAGGGAGAGUAUGGUGGAGGGGAGAAGAUGAGCACCUGUAGGGGAGAAAAUUGAGUAAGAGGAGGGAAAGUAAAGAGAUGGAUCAGCAUACUGUAAAUAUGGGGAGGAGAGGAAAAAUGGGGAAUGUUGAGGGAGAAGGGUGCAUUCAGUGGGACAGAGUGGAUUUGGGGAAAAAAAGUCCACAAGUUUUCUUGUUCCUAGGGGGGAGGUAAAAAGUCUAAUUGCUAAUUAAUUUUAAGUCUUUGGUUCAUCAUCUUUUGUUGUUUUGGUUUUACGAUUCUGAAAUGUGUGAUUAGCAUUUAGUCGUGCUGUGAGCUACAAACUUGUCAAAACAAGAGUAAGUAGCAGCUCUGUGAGGCUGUACUUAAAGACAGUGGUGAUUUGAGACAAAUGCUAACAUGCUGAUGUUUAGCUGGUAUAAUAAUAAUGGUAUCAUGUUCACCAUCUUAAGUUUUGCACAUGCCAACAUUUGCGGAUUAGCUAGCUGAUUAGCUAAGGCUGAUGGUAAUGUCAUUAGUUUUGCAGGGGCCAUAUUCACAAACAUUCUGAGAACACUCUCAGAGAACUCCUAACAUAGCCUGCAAACUUUUAGUAAGGAGUCAUAGCUUAGGAGUGAUUAAGGAAAGUUCUCAGGUCAACUCUGAGCAAGGAAGGGAUAGAAAUGUUUACCUUAGUGAGGAGGUGUGGGCGACCCUGUUGCUAGGUGUGAUGAAUUCUACUAACAGAUGUGAUUGGUUGUCAGAGACACACCCUUUUAUGAGUCUGCAAGGUGUGGACACCCAGUGGAAAUGAAAUGAACUGCUGUCUGUGAAAGUGUUUUCACUGUUAGUGUGAUCACUCUGCUGAUGGAAGGUUGAGACGGACCAAAGUCAUCACUGCUGCACUGUUGCAUUUUUCCAGUUUUUCAGAUAGUGUUGUGAUCAUUUUAUUUCUGGUGUUAAUAGCGUUAGGUGGGAAAUGUGUACCUAUCCCUAAUGAGAUCCCUGCAUGAAUGUAUCUGUAGCAUUUCAUUAACUCAUUGUCAUCCAGUGUUUGGAGAAUAUUUCUCCGACCUCUUUCUGUUUCCGCCAUUUUCUCCUCUGAUUAAGAAACUCUAAAGCCUCUUACAAGUCCUCCUCCCUGCUCCUAACAGUUUUCACCUUAGGAGCUCUUUAAGGUCUAAGAUGCUCUGUGAAUAACUCUUAUCUUUACCAGGACCUACUCUUAACUUGAGGAGAAAUUCUGA